UACUUGUACAGGGUGAGAGAAAAUAUCAACAGAAGACGCCUGCGAUCUCGGGCAGCGCUUGAGAUCAGUCAUGGAUGACUCUGAAAAUCUUUUUUUUUUCUCCGGCGGUUGGAACUGCUGAAAAAGUUUGCAUGCUAUCAACAACAACGACAAUCUGCGUUAUUUAGUUUUCGUUCCAUUCUCUUUGUCAAUCUCUUCUUUUGAAAGAAUGUGGUUGAAUCCAGAAGAAGUUUUGCUGAAAAACGCGCUGAAGCUUUGGGUUACCGAAAGAUCUAACGAUUUCUUCCUUUUGCAGCGCAGAAGAGGACAUGGGGAUUCAGAGGGGAAAUUUACAGGUAAUACGCUACCUGCUCCCAUUCAUCUCACUGUCUUUCGUCUGAUUUCAGCAGCGUUAGUAGCCUAUAUUACCACUUGGACACACCAGUCUACGCUACGCAACACAGUAACAACUAAUUUAUAAACAAUGUUGCAAUUAGCUGCGAUUCAACCAACAUUUUUGGGGGGGACAUUGUGCUGGGAGUAUGUAUCCCAGAGUGUCUUCCAGCAUGUCUCCGAGCAUAAUAUAAUAAUUAUUGGUUGAAUUGCAGCUACAGUAUGUUGCAACUUGCCAUAGCCUUGGCUACAGUGUAGGAUCCGCUUUUUACAAAGCUUGGAAACAAAUGUUUUCCCCCAUAUUUGGGAUAAUCAUAACAAUGCUUUCUUUGCAACUUAAAAUAAUAUGUGCCAUGAAGCCUUGGAGCAAUAACAGGCAACUUGUUAACAUAUAACUUAUUAUUUGGACUGUUUAUUUUGUUUCAAGUCUUCAUUGAUUUCUUUCAUUUCCAUACCAUUUUUGUCUGAUGAUGGACAAUGAUAAGGUGUCACCUGGUCUUGUUUUUGUUUAAUCUUCAUUGGGAUUUUCACUUUCCUAUAGAACUGUAUACAUCAGGCACAGGAGAUGAUAGGGAGUAUUAUCUCAUAAAAACAAUAUAAAACUUCCUGGCUAGAGUUUAGCUAUUUGUUUGUUGCCAUGGUUUCCAAAGUCAAUCUGUGGGAUGAAAGGUCAGAUGAAGCCCUAGUUUUUGCCUCUUCCAAAACCACACCCUAGUUUUGUUAUGGGAAAAGAAGAACAAGUACAAUAUCAAGUGGAAAAAAUAAAUCCAUGAUUCGAUUAAGAUAAAACAUAAAAAGGGUAUUGAGCAGCACUGAAACAUCUGCAACCUCUAGCACUCUGUCAUUAGCUAAAAUAACUUCUGCUUCCUAUUUCACAAAGAACACUUUCCUGUGAGGGACAUUUGAGGUUUCCUUUCUCUCGACCUCUGAGCACACUGUACACGUCCAUUGUCCACAGAGAUACAAACUCAGUGAACAACAUAAGCAGAACAAAAUACAUGAUUUACAGUAGUUUACAUUGGGACUUACAAUGGAAGCACUGUGAAGUAAGCGAUUAGGUGACAAUUAGGUGACACAUAGGUUUGUGUUGCCAGGGUGCGAUGGUUCAGAGCGGCAGACAGGCAGAGCUUGAUAGUUGUGGUGUGGUCUGGAAUGGGCAGUGCUCCAGGAGAGGGUUAUUUGUCUGGUGUUCAGUUUGUCUUCCAUCCCUCUCCUCCUUUGUGGCGGAGCGGUUGGGUGGGAGUGGGAAUGCCAAACACUAGAUAGUGAUCUCACAGCAACCAGACUGUAGCCUAUUGAAAGCAGUAAGCCUAAUGCCUUGUGCUGCCUGCUGUGUGGUUAUUACACAUUUGAUUAUUAGCCAAAUCAUUAACAGACUGUUCUUGCAAACGUCAUUUUUUAUUGGAGUUGAGGCCAUGUGCUGCAGUUGACUGUUAGCCUCACUUUGAUGGACUAUUUUUACCAGCUCUCCCUAAAUGAUCCAUUCUGUUGAAAAUGGCUGUGCAUAGCAAAGGAAACCCAGCAUUAAAACUAGACAAGAGGGACUAGUGUUUGGUGGCUUUAGCCUCAGUGGAAAAUCAUGAUCCUGAUUAGCAGUGGAGUUAAAGAGAUACUAUGAUGAUGAGUCUAGGCUCUGUUAUGGUAUCUCAGGAUAUUAGAGAGCUUAUCUGGUUCCUUUAAGCUGAUGACUGGUGGGGUGGAGGAGGUUGAAGUUGUCUAUAAAUGCUUGUUCCAGGGUUAAUUUAGCCUUCUCAUCACCUAACACCUGUUACAGACCUAUAUCCAUCCUGCCCUGCCUUUCGGAAUUAUUUGAAAGCCAAGUUAACAAACAGAUCACCGACCAUUUCGAAUCCCACCGUACCUUCUCCGCUAUGCAAUCUGGUUUCCGAGCUGGUCAUGGGUGCACCUCAGCCACGCUCAAGGUCCUAAACGAUAUUAUAACCGCAAUCGAUAAAAGACAGUACUGUGCAGCCAACUUCAUCGACCUGGCCAAGGCUUUCGACUCCGUCAAUCACCGCAUUCUUAUUGGCAGACUAAAUAGCCUUGGUUUCUCAACUGCCUCGCUUCAUGACUGCCUCUCCUGGUUCACCAACUACUUCUCAGAUAGAGUUCAAUGUGUCAAAUCGGAGGGCCUGUUGUCUGGACCUCUGGCAGUCUCUAUGGGGGUGCCACAGGGUUCAAUUCUCGGGCCGACUCUAUUCUCUGUGUAUAUCAAUGAUGUCGCUCUUGCUGCUGGUGACUCUCAGAUCCACCUCUACGCAGACGACACCAUUUUGUAUACAUCUGGCCCAUCUGGAGACUCUUAUCUCCCUCAGUAACUUUAAGCAUCAGUUGUCAGAGCAGCUUACCGAUCACUGCACCUGUACACAGCCCAUCUGUGUACACCCAACUACCUCAUCCCCAUAUUGUUAUUUAUUUUGCUCAUUUGCACCCCAGUAUCUCUAUUUGCACAUCUAUCAUUCCAGUGUUAAUACGAAAUUGUAAUUAUUUUGCACUAUGGCCUAUGUAUUGCCUUACCUCCAUAACUUACUACAUUUGCACACACUGUAUAUACAUUUUCUAUUGUGUUAUUGGCUUUACGUGUUGUUUAUUCCAUAUGUAACUCUUGUGUUGUUGUUGUUUUUAUCGCACUGCUUUGCUUUAUCUUGGCCAGGUCGCAGUUGUAAAUGAGAACUUGUUCUCAACUGGCUUACCUGGUUAAAUAAAUAAAUAAAAAUAAAUUGAAAUUGAAAUUGAGUUUGGGAUGUUAGGGAUUCUCUUAAGUUUGUAGUUUUUAUGCCAUGGCUUUGGGGCUUCACAUGUGGAGGAUUUGUGGAGAGGGAGAGGGUCUCGAUUCCAAUACUGUUACCCUAUGAUUCUAGUGGACCAAUGUAGUGACAAACAGAGAAGAACAAUACUUGUGUUGAGCCUCUUAAUAGCGUUUAAGUCUAUGUUAUGUUCUCACAUAAUGUGGCCAUUAUGAGACUGUUAGUGGUACCAGUUUAUGUCCAAUGUCUUUUGUAAUGCCUAAAGGCCAGCAUCCAGUGCUCACUGUGGAAUGUCUGGGUCUGUUAUACACAUGAUAAUGCCUUUAGCUUUCUGGCGUUAUGUGUAAUAGGUGCCGUUGUGUCCCAUCUGCUUAAAGGCACAAUCUGUAAAACUUCCUGCUGUUCAAAUGUCAUUCAAGUAAUGAUAACCAUUGAUUAUUGUAGAAAAUGCCUUAUGAGCUUAGUACAAUUGUCUUACCCUAUGAAAAUAUAUGAUAUAACAGUUCAUAUGGGUUGGUAUAAUGUUGCCUCACUCCGAUGUGUCAAUGAGCUCAUUGACGUGUGUGUUGUCAGACGGUAUUUCUCAGUAAUUUCUGGUCUCUUUCUGUGUCUGACUGCUCUAUCCAGGUCUUCUGGUGGGAGCUCUGGACACAGUGCUGGACUCCAACGCCCGGGUCACACCGUUCCGUAUCCUGCUACAGGUGCCUGGGUCACAGGUCAGCUGGGCCAUAGCCUGUGGUAAGCUCUCCUUUUCCUCUCUCCGAUUCUCAUAUUUGUCGGUCGGUAGGUCCCUGCUUCUACUCUUUUUCUCUGGCUCUCUCUCUGUGUAUCUAUCUCUCUGACGGGCGUUGUGUGUGUGUCUGUGUGUUGUUAUACAGGUGCUGCUGUCGAGGACAUGAACAGACAUUGGGACUGGCUGGUUCAGAACCUACUCCACUCUCUCUCAGUGUUUGAGAACAAGGAGGAUGUCGCCAGCUUCGUCAAAGGGAAAGUCAAGGUACUGUACUAUUAGAAUAAGUCUUACUAUAGACCUGUGAUACUCUGUAAAUACUAUGUAGGCCUACUAUCAAAAACCACUGUGUUCAACCUAAUCUGGCUCUUAAAUGUUGAUGUCUCUCUCCUCUUGACUUUCUUUUCUAUUUCUGUGUAUCUUGCUCGCAACCCGUUUUGCAUUUUCGUUUCGUUUCUCUUCCUCUUUUCUCUUUCUUUCAUUGCCCAUUUAUUUAUCUUUCUCCCCAGGGUCUGAUAGCAGAGGAGGUGAGGGGGAAGCAGGCGGCUCAGGAGGAGGACCCAGAGAAGUUCCGGGAGGUGCUGCUGAAGUUUGAGCUGCGUUUCGGCCUGCCCUCCUCAGAGAAGCUGGUCACCACCUACUCCUGCUGCUGCUGGAAGGGGCGGGUCCCCCGGCAGGGCUGGCUCUACCUCAGCAUCAACCACAUGGCCUUCUACUCCUUCCUGCUGGGAAAGGAAGGUCCGUCCCCUUAAAUGCUCCUCCUUUAAUUAGCACACUGACUAGUCCCCAGUCUUAAUUUUAAAAAUGUCUUACUGGCUGUGAACUAGUCUGAACUGUUUGUGUCUGUUAAUUAGCAACUCUAACCUCUGUUUUCCAGUUGUAAAGAUCACAAGCCCUUUAUAUGUCUUGUGAACUGUGACAUACUUUCCACAGUAAACAUUGUGCCUUUUCAGUUAAAGUGAUGCUACAGAGGUUUUGUAUAACUUCAGCCAGUAGUUUUGAAAGUAGCCCUCGAGCCAAAACAGGUCCCCGAAAAUUGUGCACAAUUGUGUGCAACGUCAUCCAUUUCGUAUGACAUGUUACGAAAUAAAAUAAAAAUGUGUAUGAUAUGUUACGAAUUCCAAUUCGUACAAUAUCUUACGAAUUUGUAAGUGCUUAAGAUCCUGUUCAAUCUCUUUAACCAUUCAAAUCCCUAAUGUCUUCAGGGUACAGUGACUUCUAAACCUAACCCCUGACCUUUGACCACUUCUAUCUCCCUCAGUGAAGUUUGUGAUCCCGUGGGCAGAGGUGACGAGACUGGAGCGGGUCUCCACUGGCCUCAUGACGGACAUGGUGCGUGUGACAACGCGGCGGCACCAGCGGGACUUCUCUAUGUUCCUGAGCCUGGACGAGGUGUUCGGGGUCAUGGGUCAGCUGGCUGACAUCGCACUGCGACGCCUGCUGGACAGCGGAGGUCUGGAACUGGACCGAGUCCUCCAGCAGUCCUCCAACAUCACCAAGAGGUCAGAGGGCAACGCAGAAUAAGUUCGAUAAAGUUGUAGCGUAUUGUAGCAUAAAGGAGGGCAGGGGAUUUUGUGUGGGUCUGUCAUUCGGUUUGUUCAGAUUCACAUUAUCUGUUCCUUGUUGACUUGCCUCACAGAUCUGAGAGGAUUGGAUUGGCAUCAGUAAUCUGAUUGAUCGGUUGCUUUCCUGAUUAAACAGUUUGAUAAACAGUCAUUUAAAAAGGUUGUCAUUGUAAUCUGCUUUGGUCAAAAGAGACCUCAUCAUGCACUUCCUGAAAAUCCCUGAUAUCUUGACUAAUUUACUUCCCUCUAGUUUCAGACCAUCCUCUGUAUAACCAUUGCCCCAUAGUGCAACUGAAUGUGUGUGUGUUUCAGUUCCACCUGUAGUACAUUCACCAUAACAUUUUCAGGUUUUGUGUGUAAAGUGAAGGUUUGCAGUGGUAAAGAUUGUACUUGAGAGCUGAGCUAAAGCAUUCAGUUCUAUCUCUCUAUGGGUGUAACAGACUGUUUAGUUGUAUUAUUUAUUUGGUAACUUCCUCACAUGCAACUCUUGCCAAGUGAGUGAUAUUUUUGGUCCUUUUUGUAACUCUUCCCCUUUCCCCUCAGGGUUCUGGAGGAGCAGGCGCUGAGGGCGUACGUCCUGGCUCUAUUUCGGCUACCGCGGGGCGAGUGUCUCCAGGAGGUGGCGCUGUGUUCAGUGUGGACGUCCCAUGCCCGCUGCCACACGGCAGGAACGCUCUACACCACCGACCGCUACCUAUGCUUCGCCAGUCGAGAGGAGGGCCACUGCAGCCUGCUCAUCCCCCUUUCAGAGGUAGCCAUCAUACCAUACUGCAGCUGACUCUGCUGGUUAAACUUUAAUGCUGGGGGAAUGUGGCUUACCACUGUUUACGGUGUACAAGUGUUGUUUGAAGUUUUAGAGCAUACACCUUUAGCCUUAAGCUUUACCAUGGUUAACUACAUUAGUUGCUAUACACCGGAGUCAUGUAUAGAGAUGUAUGGCUCUUGCAUACAUUAAUAAGUUAUUCAAAGUUUAUUACUGUGUUAAUACCGUUUUACCAUAUCAUAUUUUUCAUUACUGUACCAUACUACCAACAUUUCCUUGGCUCUUGACCUUUUACCUCUGUCUCCUCCUGUGCUGCCAGGUGAUCUCCAUAGAGAAGGCUGAGAGCACCAGCUUCCUGCCUAACCCAGUGAUCGUCAGUGUGAGGAGUAAGAAGGCCUUCCAGCUGAUCGAGCUGCAGGACAGAGACAGCCUGGUGGACAGUCUGACAUCACGGCUCAGAGCCCUGCAGUGGAAACACUCCAUGUUCCACAGCAAGAAAUCUCUGGUAUGCUACAGCUACACUACCAACCGUCUACCAAAUGUCUGUUGUCAAUUACACACAUCAUAUCUCAUGGUGAUGCCCAACAGGCCUAGUCCAAGAAGCAGAAUGUAACUUUACUCCAAGAACAUAUAUGAUUACUGCUAGUAUUUUUGCACACAAGUUACUCAUUCAUUGUGUAUGUUUGACUAAUUCUGGUGUUUGGUUGCUCCAGACCUCCUCGUCUCCCUACUACACCUUCUACUAUGACACCAUGUACUGUGACGGGGUGGAGAUCGAGGAGAGACCACUACGUCACACAGUGAACACAGAGGCUCUGAUGGCAUACUACCAUCACUCUCAAACGGACCGCAACAAUAGCACAGCUGUGAGUAUGGAAACUAGUGCACCGUUGGCCAUAACCCAGAUAUGGCUGGAGCCUCCCUUAUUAUGAUGUUUACAUAGCAGAUACCAUAAUAAUGGUGGCUGCAGGGAUAGCAGGGCUACAUUGGCCAAUGUGUCUAGGCUUGAUGUUUAACAUUGCAAAGUAGAACUGGUUUAGGGUUUAACUUGGUUGCCUGUUUCUGUUUUAAGCAACUCCUUUGUUGUUGUCAUGCUAAACAUUUAUUGGGCUAAAUUAGAAUUCUAAAUGUUUAGCAUGACAACAACAAAGGAGUUGCUUAAACCAGAAACUGGCAACCAUGUUAAACCCUAAACCGGUUCUACUUUACAAUGUUAAACAUCAAGCCUAUUAGAAAUAGACUGGCAACCAGGGUAUGGUACAUGUGGUAUAGUGGUAGUUCUGGGAUGAGGUUAUGAUUCUGUUACAUCUCUUUCAUUAUUUAAACAUGUAUUGAUCCCUGUUCUCCCAUUGGCUGGCACACUGGGUAACCUUACCUCCCUCUAAUACUGCCCAAGGCUAUUGCUGAGAAUGUGCUUACAGUACUACAAUACUCGGUUUGCUCAAGGGUGUGUGUCCUGUGUGUGUCCUGCAGACCAUGGAGCAGGUGAAAGAGCGUCUGUGGGAUGACCACUUCUCGGAGUAUGGUCGAGGCGUCCACAUGUUCCGCACAGAGAAGAUCCAGAAGCUGGUUGCCAUGGGGAUACCAGAGUCGCUACGGGGAGAGCUAUGGAUGACCUUCUCUGGUGAGGGGUGGAGGAGUCUGAGGUCAUUGGUUGCUAUAACAACAGGCCAAAUAUAUUUAAUGGUGGGGUUAUGUUUAGGGUAUAUAUCUGUAUAUCCUCAAAGGAGGGAUAGAGAGUGCUGUUCUGUGUUCUGCUCGACUGCCUACUUUCAGUUCCUUUCCUAUGUACUGUACACAAUGCCUAGCAUUUAUGGUAUGUGCCAUUUUAUCUUAGAGUUUGGGGAGGGGCUUUUACCAGGCAAGCAGUUCCCUUUUUUCAGAACCAGAAGUCUUGAUGCAACUUUGUAGAGUCUAUUCUCAGGGAUCCUGCUUUGCUUUAUGCUGUUAGUAUCAGAGUUGAUGUCAUAUGGAAUCCAGAUCAGCAGGAUUUAGUGGGCAUAUAAAUAGCUCAUAACCUCAGCUCCAAUAAUAACAAGCAAUUAGGCCUGUGUGAGCACACACUGCACAGACUGCAGCAGAAACAGAGGGGCAGCACUCCACUGGGAUGCAACUGAACUGACUGUUUUCUUUGGCCCCAUAUCAAACUAUCCCAGUCACCUGUUUACUCCCUCUCAAUGAUCUGAACGCAUCACAUCCUCGAGAGGGAGUCAACAAAGGGCAAGAGCUAGUUUUUUUCUCUCCAAACAAGCCUUGUCCCAAAGUAACCCCUACCUUUUUGGUGUUUGCAGAUCUGAUGGAACCGGAUAGGUAACUUAUCCAUUCCUUUCAGAUCUGCAAACACUUACGGGUAGGAACAAAAGAGAAGGGUUAGGGCCUAGGGGAUCUUUUCCGACCAGGCCUUCAUGUAAGUGCUUAUAUGCUGUUGCUGUGUAACACCGACACCAUUUCCCCCUUGAAACACAGACUCAUCAUCAGAGUUGGCGUCCCACCCAGACUACUACUCGGGGCUGGUGACAGAGUCUAUGGGGCAGAGCAGCCUGGCCACGGAGGAGAUCGAGAGAGACCUGCACCGCUCGCUGCCCGACCACCCCGCCUUCCAGAAUGUCACGGGCAUCGCUGCCCUGCGCCGCGUCCUCACCGCAUAUGCCCACCGCAACCCCAAGAUCGGCUACUGCCAGGUAAGGAAUCCACUACCAUACAGUAACCUAUGUCACAAUGUGUGUGUGUAUAAAGUGCAGGUAGAGUAUAACUGACUGCCUGUCGUUCUUCCUAGUCAAUGAAUAUCCUGGCGUCUGUGAUGCUGCUGUACACUAAAGAGGAGGAGGCAUUCUGGCUGCUGGUGGCUGUGUGUGAGAGAAUGCUGCCUGACUACUUCAACCGCAGAGUCAUAGGUGAGAGGGCAAACAGCCGGCGUUGGUUUACCGCUGCUACUGCUAUUGUUACUACAUUGCUAUUACAUUUACGUUACCAGAGCGACUUACAAAUUGGUGCAUUCACCUUAUAGCCAGUGGGAUAACCACUUUACAAUUAUUAUCUUUUUUUUUUUUUUGGGGUGGGGUGGGGUAAGGGAGGGGGUAGAAGGAUUACUUAUCCUGUCCCAGGUGUUCCUUAAAGAGGUGGGGUUUCAAAUGUCUUCGGAAGGUGGUGAGUGACUCCGCUGUCCUGGCGUCGUGAGGGAGCUUGUUCCACCAUUGGGGUGCCAGAGCAGCGAACAGUUUUGACUGGGCUGAGCGGGAACUGUGCUUCAGCAGAGGUAGGGGAGCCAGCAGGCCAGAGGUGGAUGAACGCAAUGCCCUCGUUUGGGUGUAGGGACUGAUCAGAGCCUGAAGGUACGGAGGUGCCGUUCCCCUCACAGCUCCGUAGGCAAGCACCAUGGUCUUGUAGCAGAUGCGAGCUUCAACUGGAAGCCAGUGUAAUGUGCGGAGGAGCGGGGUGAUGUGAGAGAACUUGGGAAUGUUGAACACCAGACGGGCUGCGGCAUUCUGGAUGAGUUGUAGGGGUUUAAUGGCACAGGCAGGGAGCCCAGCCAACAGCGAGUUGCAGUAAUCCAGACGGGAGAUGACAAGUGCCUGGAUUAGGACCUGUGCCGCUUCCUGUGUAAGGCAGGGUCGUACUCUCCGAAUGUUGUAGAGCAUGAACCUACAGGAUCGGGUCACCGCCUUGAUGUUAGCGGAGAAUGACAGGGUGUUGUCCAGGGUCACGCCAAGGCUCUUCGCACUCUGGGAGGAGGACACAACAGAGUUGUCAACCGUGAUGGCGAGAUCAUGGAACGGGCAGUCCUUCCCCGGGAGGAAGAGCAGCUCCGUCUUGCCGAGGUUCAGCUUGAGGUGGUGAUCCGUCAUCCAUACUGAUAUGUCUGCCAGACAUGCAGAGAUGCGAUUCGCCACCUGGUUAUCAGAAGGGGAAAGGAGAAGAUUAGUUGUGUGUCGUCUGCGUAGCAAUGAUAGGAGAGGCCAUGCGAGGAUAUGACAAAGCCAAGUGACUUGGUGUAUAGCGAGAAUAGGAGAGGGCCUAGAACUGAGCCCUGGGGGACACCAGUGGUGAGAGCACGUGGUGCGGAGACAGCUUCUCGCCACGCCACUUGGUAGGAGCGACCAGUCAGGUAGGACGCAAUCCAAGAGUGAGCCGCGCCGGAGAUGCCCAGCUCGGAGAGGGUGGAGAGGAGGAUCUGAUGGUUCACAGUAUCAAAGGCAGCAGACAGGUCUAGAAGGACAAGAGCAGAGGAGAGAGAGUUAGCUUUAGCAGUGCGGAGAGCCUCCGUGACACAGAGAAGAGCAGUCUCAGUUGAAUAACCAGUCUUGAAACCUGACUGGUUUGGAUCAAGAAGGUCAUUCUGAGAGAGAUAGCAAGAGAGUUGGCUAAAGACGGCACGCUCAAUAGUUUUGGAGAGAAAAGAAAGAAGGGAUACUGGUCUGUAGUUGUUGAUAUCAGAGGGAUCGAGUGUUGGUUUUUUGAGAAGGGGUGCAACUCUCGCUCUCUUGAAGACGUAAGGGACAUAGCCAGCGGUCAAGGAUGAGUUGAUCAGUGAGGUAAGGGAGAAGGUCACCGGAGAUGGUCUGGAGAAGAGAGGAGGGGAUAGGGUCAAGCGGGCAGGUUGUUGAGCGGCCGGCCGUCACAAGUCGCAAGAUUUUAUCUGGAGAGAGAGGGGAGAAAUAAGUCAAAACAUAGGGUAGGACAGUGUGAGCAGGACCAGCAGUGUCAUUUGACUUAACAAACGAGGAUCGGAUGUCGUCAACCUUCUUUUCAAAAUGGUUGACGAAGUCAUCCACAGAGAGGGAGGAGGGGGGGAGGGGGAGGAGGAUUCAGCAGGGAGGUGGCAAAGAGCUUCCUAGGGUUAGAGGCAGAUGCUUGGAAUUUAGAGUGGUAGAAAGUGGCCUUAGCAGCAGAAACAGAUGAAGAAAAUGUAGAGAGGAGGGAGUGAAAAGAUGCCAGUUCCGCAGUGAGUCUAGUUUUCCUCCAUUUCCGCUCGGCUGCCCGGAGCCCUGUUCUGUGAGCUCGCAAUGAGUCAUCACACCACGGAGCUGGAGGGGAGGACCGAGCCGGCCGGGAGGAUAGGGGACAUAGAGAGUCAAAGGAUGCAGAAAGGGAGGAGAGGAGGGUUGAGGAGGCAGAAUCAGGAGAUUGGAGGGAGAAGGAUUGAGCAGAGGGAAGAGAUGAUAGGAUGGAAGAGGAGAGAGUAGCGGGAGAGAGAGAGCGAAGGUUGCGACGGCGCAUUACCAUCUGAGUAGGGGCAGAGUGAGUAGUGUUGGAGAAGAGCGAGAGAGAAAAGGAUACAAAGUAGUGGUCGGAGACAUGGAGGGGAGUUGCAGUGAGAUUAGUAGAAGAACAGCAUCUAGUAAAGAUGAGGUCAAGCGUAUUGCCUGCCUUGUGAGUAGGGGGGGACGGUGAGAGGGUGAGGUCAAAAGAGGAGAGGAGUGGAAAGAAGGAGGCAGAGAGAAAUGAGUCAAAGGUAGAUGUAGGGAGGUUGAAGUCCCCCAGAACUGUGAGGGGUGAGCCAUCCUCAGGAAAGGAACUUAUCAAGGCGUCAAGCUCAUUGAUGAACUCUCCAAGGGAACCUGGAGGGCGAUAGAUGACAAGGAUAUUAAGCUUAAAUGGGCUAGUGACUGUGACAGCAUGGAAUUCAAAUGAGGAGAUAGACAGAUGGGUCAGGGGAAAAAUAGAGAAUGUCCACUUGGGAGAGAUGAGGAUUCCUGUGCCACCACCCCGCUGACCAGAUGCUCUCUAUUACUACAGCGAUAGUUCUUCCACUUCCACAGUUACUGACAUCAUAGCUAGUACUGUACAGUAGAGAAGUCUUAUCAAAACCACAGCAGAUCAUUUAUUAGGUCUAUUAGUAGCUGUUCUGUUCAUUUGCGUCUAGAGCCGGUCUGGUGUUUAGGUGAUUUGAAUGUGGGUUUUUUCUCCGUCAGGGCUGUUUUUCUGCCCUGACUGCAAACAGAGCCAACAAUAACCCAAGGCUUUCUUUAGCCAGCGUGAAGCGUGUGCUGAAACACAAGCUAAUUUCCUGUGCUUUGUGCCACUAUUUAUUUAUGGCGCAUAUGAAAUGCAUCAAAGUAAUUUCCUCUUCUGAACGACAGUGUCUGGCCUGUUCUGCUUUGAAAUUGCAGUUCUUUACUUAUUCUCCUUAGAAAAUAGAUUUUGUCUCCAUGUGGCUUCCUGGUUCAAAUAAAGUUUUAAAAGAUCACUUAUCUGGGAUAUUGCACAAUGAGAACAUGUCAUUCUCACACGCAUGUGUCAAGACAUCAUAUAAUAUAAUAUAAUAUGCCAUUUAGCAGACGCUUUUAUCCAAAGCGACUUAGUCAUGCGUGCAUAAUUUUUUUUUUUUACGUAUGGGUGGUCCCGGGGAUCGAACCCACUACCCUGGCGUUACAAGCGCCAUGCUCUACCAAUUGAGCUACAGAGGACCACAUGAGUAUACAGCAUACAUCCACGAGACCAACAUUAAUUUCCCUCUAUGGGAUGAUAAAGGAUGUUCUGUACUUCUAUAGAGGUGUACGUUCAUGAGACCGAAAUCCAUUUCUAUAUGUGUUUUCCUAUAUUAAUGUAGAUUUUCACGUGUGUUUGCAGGUGCUCAGGUGGACCAGUCAGUGUUUGAAGAGCUGAUCCAGGAGCGUCUUCCAGAGCUGGCCGAGCACAUUCCCGACCUCUCCCCCCUCUCUUCCAUCUCCCUGUCCUGGUUCCUUACCCUCUUCCUCAGUGUGCUUCCCUUCCGCAGCGCCGUCUGUGUGGUAGACUGCUUCUUCUUCCACGGCAUCAAAGCCAUCCUCCAGCUGGGGCUAGCUGUGCUGGAUGCGAACGCAGCGGCGCUGUGCGCUAGUGCAGACGACGGCCAGGCCCUCAUGAUCCUCACUGGGUAAUGCAUAUGGAGGAAUGCAUGCAUGUCUACACAUAUACUGUAUGCAUCUACACAGUUCACUUUGAGCAUAGUCUACAUUCUCACACAAAACUUCUCUGCCUGCAGCUUUCUGGACCAGGUGAAGUACGAUGAGGAUCCGUCUCCCCCUGCCCCUCCCCCUCCCUCGUCUCAGAGUGGGGAGGAGGAGGGCAGCCCGCCUGUAGAACUACACACCCUGAUCACUGACCUCAUUACUGACUCCUAUGAGGUAAGACAGCACUGCAAUACUCCCUCCACACCACCAGAGGGUAGUGGUGAAAGUGUGGCACUGAUGUUUGUUCUCGUUGUGUGUCCCUGUCCUGUUGUGUCAGAAAUUUGGAGACCUGACGGUGAGACAGAUAGAGCGGUUGCGAUGUAGACACCGGAUCCAGGUUCUCCAAGCACACGAGGACAUCACCAAGGAGAAUGCGGUGGGUCUCUCAUAUCACAUCUCAAACAGUCACACGCAUGCAUGAAAUACACCAUGACCAAAUGUUGAAACCUUACACUUUUCCUCUCCAAACUGCUCUGACCCUUCCCCUCUCUGUGUGUGUGUGUGUGUGUAGCUCAGAGUGGUGACCCCAUAUGUCUCUCUCUCCCCUGAAAACCUGGCUGAUGUCUACGACCUCUUCAAGGUACUUCAGUUCAAUUCAAUACAACUUUAUUUAUCUUCCCAGAAUCACUAAGAAAGGCAUUGCCAGAUCACGAUGAUAAUAUCCUCCACAUAUAGUCCAACUGUACAACAACCCAUCUGUUUCUCUUAUAGACAGAGCACUUCAUCAACCUGUACUGGGGUGAUGGGAGCGCCACAGUGGCUCUCCAGCACCAUGACCCAGGCCAGCCCUAUGUGGAGCAAUACAGAGUGGACCGGGCCCAGUUCAAAAGCCUGUACAUGCUACUGGUUCCCUGGCUGUGUGGCCUCCACACUGACACCGUGGCCCACCGGACCUUCACACUGCUGGACCAGGACAGAGACUCAUUCAUCACCUUCAGAGAGUUCGUCGGGUGGCUGGGUAUUUUAUUUUUUAAAGAUAUGUUUAUUUGAAAGAGGGACAAUGUACAACAAAACAUAAGUCUCAGAAGUGAUGCGUUGCACCAGAUUUAGCUAACAGCUCAUUUACAUCUGCAGUGUGUGAGCGAGUGUCUGUGUGUGUGAGAAAGAGCAAGCAAGAGAGGGAGGGUGUGUGUGUUUAAAAGAGGUAGGGAGAGUGUGUGUAUGCCUGAAGAGAGACUUUGUGUAAUAUGAGUUUGUGUGAUUGGCUGUGUGCCUGCAAGUAUACAAAAACCAAGAAAACAUACCUGGCUAGCUUACAUCCAAGUUCCCUUGUAAGGCGUAUCAGUCAUGAACAUUGGAAACCUGCCCACUAGGCUUUCAUGGGCAUCUGGAAUUCAGCCCACAUAGCUUUUAUGGGAAUCAAUAUGCAGCCAAGGCUUUUAGGAGGAGCCGUCACUGCUGUGUACAGUGGAGGACUGAAGUAGGAAUUAUGUAAAUUCACCUCUUAAACUCACAGAGCUGAAGGGCUCCCUCUGUGGUCCUCGAUCAUUCAGACAGACCGUAUAAACACUAACUGACACACAUUGUGAUUUAAAGCCAAUGGUAAUGGUGACAAUUAUGUGUCUCUCUCGGCUUCAGACACGCUAUACUGUGAGGAACUGAAUGAGAAGGUCAGACUACUGUAUCGUUUGCACAUACCUCCAGGUGGGUCACAUAGCCUUCCUAUGGUGUUUUGCUCCUCUUUAAGACACAUGUACUUUAGCUGGACAUGCAACUAGCUUUAACUAGAGAUCCAUUAACGUUCUUCAUAAUGCGACUGUCUCAUGUAGCUCUGACUGAGAGUGAGGAUGACCCGUUUCCACUGAAGAGCCCUCUGCUGUCCACUACCAGACCACUCCAUAUAGAGAUGCCUAAUGGUAAGUAUUCACACUUCAAGUGUUCCAGGUUCACGUUUCUAGCUCUGUCCUGUUCAGAUUAUCACGUUGAUGUAGCUCCUGCUGUGUGUGUUCAUGUUGAAGGGGAGAUCAGAGACUAUCAGGAGCAGUUGAAGCAGAUGCUGAAGGACCUGGCUAAAGAGAAGGAGAAGAAUGUGGAGAAACCACUACCUCUAAUGAACCAGGUACAUACAGAGCAUCUGGAAAGUAUUCAGACCCUUUGACUUUUUCCACAUUUUGGUACGUUACAGCCUUAUUCUGAAAUUGAUUAAAUUGUUUUUUUCAUCAAUCUACACACGAUACCCAUAAUGACAAAGCGAAAACAGGUUUUGAAAUUUUUGCAAAUGUAUUACUAAUAAAAAACAUACCUUAUUUACAUAAGUAUUCAGAACCUUUGCUAUGAGACUCGAAAUUGAGCUAGGUGCAUCCUGUUUCCAUUGAUCAUCCUUGAGAUGUUUCUACAACUUCAUUAGAGUCCACCUGUGGUAACUUCAGUUGAUUGGACAUGAUUUGGAAAGGCACACACCUGUCUAUAUACGGUCCCACAGUUGACAGUGCAUGUCAAAGCAAAAACCAAGCCAUGAGGUCAAAGGAAUUGUCCGUAGAGCUCCGAGACAGGAUUCUGUCGAGGCACAGAUCUGGGUAAGGUACCAAAAACUUUCUGCAGCAUUGAAGGUCCCCUUGAACACAGUGGCCUCCAUCAUUCUUAAAUGGAAGAAGUUUGAAACCACCAAGACUCUUCCUAGAGCUGGCCGCCUGGCCAAACGAAGCAUUCAGGGGAUAAGGGCCUUGAUCAGGGAGGUGACCAAGAACCUGAUGGUCACUCUGACAGAGAUCCAGAGUUUCUCUGUGGAGAUGGGAGAACCUUCCAGAAGGAUAACCAUCUCUGCAGUAAAAGGCAUAUGACAGCCCGCUUGGAGUUUGCCAAAAGUCACCUAAAGGACUCGCAGACCAUGAGAAACAAGAUUCUCUGGUCUGAUGAAACCAAGAUUGAACUCUUAGGCCUGUCAGCCAAGCGCCACGUCUGGAGGAAACCUGGCACCAUCCCUACGGUGAAGCAUGGUGGUGGCAGCAUCAUACUGUGGGGAUGUUUUUCAGCGGCAGGGACUGGGAGACUAGUCAGGAUCGAGGGAAAGAUGAACAGAGCAAAGUACUGAGAGAUCCUUGACAAAAACCUUCUCCAGAGUGCUCAGGACCUCAGACUGGGGCAAAGGUUCACCUUCCAACUGGACAACGACCCUAAGCACACAGCCAAGACAACGCAGGAGUGGCUUCGGGACAAGUCUCUGAAUGUCGAGUGGCCCAGCCAGAGCCCGGACUUAAAUCCGAUCGAACAUCUCUGGAGAGACCUGAAAAUAGCUAUGCAGCGACGCUCCCCAUCCAACCUGACAGAGUUUGAGAGGAUGUGCAGAGAAGAAUGGGAGAAACUCUCCAAAUACAGGUGUGCCAAGCUUGUAGCGUCAUACCCAAAAAGACUUGAGGCUGUAAUUGCUGCCAACGGUGCUUCAACAAAGUACUGAGUAAAGGGUCUGAAUAUUUUUAAUACAUCUGCAAAAACUUUUUUUUGCUAUGUCAUUUUGGGGUAUUGUGUGUAGAUUGAGGGAAAAAACAAUAAUCAAUUUUAGAAUAAGGCUGUAACUUAACAAAAUGUGGAGAAAGUUAAGGGGUCUGAAUACUUUCCAAAUGCACUGUACAAUUAGGAAGGAAUUCAAUCAGAGACCCAUUAAACAGUCAUUAAAAGUCACAACAAAGAUACAAUAAACUUGCAUUGUUUUCUACAGAGGGAGUUCAUCCAGUUCUGUAAGACCCUCUACAGCAUGUUCCAUGGCAACCCAGAUGAGAACGAGCUCUUUCAGGCCAUUGCUACAGUGACCAGCCUGGUGCUGCAGAUCGGUGAGGUCGGCCACCGCAGCCGGUCAGAAGUCAGCAGCGAGGGCGGGGCAGGAGACGAGGUAGAGGAGGGUCACAGGGAGGGGAGUCAAGAAGACCACCCUGUCUUCAGCACCAAAGAGGGAGAUGGAGAGAGGCAGGAGGGGACCAGGAAGAGUUCCGAGCGGUCUGAGAGUCAGAGCGAGUGGACGGUCAGCUAUGCUCAGAUCCUGGCCUCGCUCCUCACAGAACAGCAGCUGGUCAACUUCUUUGAGAAACCGAUGGACCUGUCAGCAAAGCUGGCUGUUGCGAAGGUGAAACAGUACCAUGAAAGGGCCGGUCUGCUUAUGCUUCAGCAAGGAACCAGCUGAUUUAACAUGACCAACAGAACAACCAUGUGUGACCCAAUACUGGGCUUCCAAUCUAGUUGGUUGUCUAGAUGCCAGGCACAUUUGUCGCCAGUAAGUUGUCUGUGUCCUCCAUCCUACAAUGAUGAGUGGGUACCAAGAAUCCAUAUGUGCCUAUAUUGAGUCGUAGGUCUGUCAAGCACAAGGGAGAAGUACUGUAGAUGUGUAGGUCUUCCUAUCCUGAUGAAAUGUGGCCUCGUCUUCUGGGACCAACCGCUCAGUUUG